AUGGUUGGUAGAAAUCAACGUAACAUACUUUUCACGUGGAAGCUCCUCAAGAAGGCCUUGGCCCUCAAGAUCGCCCCUCCCCUCCCAAGCUCUUACUGGCUCCUCUCUCCACCAGUGCACAAGCUCAUUGUGGACGUCAAGAAACCUGCAGUGAAAAUGAGAGCAAUGUUCCAAACUUCCUCUUUUCUUUCUCUUCUGACCUUCUGCAUCAAGAUCCUAACUCUAGCUAUCAUCAUGGUAGUUGGGAGCGCCACUGCGUCAGUUGUUCAUGGAAAUGUCACGGACAGGCUUGCGUUGCUUGCAAUCAAGGUUCGGAUUACUGAGGAUCCUCUUAGAAUCACAAGCUCAUGGAAUGACUCUCUCCAUUUUUGCAACUGGCAUGGUGUUUCCUGCGGCCGCAGGCACCAAAGAGUCACCCACUUGAACUUAGGGUCAUUGAGUUUGAACGGUUCUAUAUCUCACUCCAUUGGGAAUCUCAGUUUUCUUCGAAGCGUUGAUCUCUCAAAUAAUAGUUUUCAUGGAGAACUACCAAGUGAGAUCGGUCGCUUGUUUAGGUUGCAAGAGCUAGUUUCCAGUUACAACUAUUUCGGAGGAGGAAUACCAAGUAGCUUAUCAAACUGCUCCAAGCUGAGAAUACUGGAUUUGCUACACAAUGAAUUCACUGGUAACAUUCCUUUUGAGAUUGGCCUUCUACCGAAGUUGGAGAAACUAAAUCUCCACGGAAAUAGAUUGGAGGGAAACAUUCCACCCCAUCUUGGGAAUAUUUCAUCCCUUCUAGAACUUUAUAUGUCAGAAAAUAAAUUGGAGGGAGACAUUCCUGCAUCACUAGGCCAAUUGAAGAGCUUACUUGUUCUUGCCCUUGGUCACAACAUGGUGUCAGGUACAAUUCCUCAAGCUAUCUAUAACUUGUCACACCUUGUUUCUUUUUAUCUUGGUGGGAAUCAACUUCAAGGUAGCUUUCCUAAUAACAUUGGCCUUGCCCUCCCAAAUAUAGAAAGGUUUCUUGUUUGGGGAAACCAAUUUAGUGGAAACAUUCCGGUUUCUUUUUCAAAUGCUUCAAACCUUGCUUUCUUUGAUAUCUCCAUGAAUAAGUUCUUUGGGCGGGUUCCUGAUAUUUUUGGGAACUUAAAGAAACUUGAGUGGGUAGUUAUAGGCGGUUCCAAUCUUGGGUAUGGUGAAGCAAAUGACUUCAAAUUCUUCACCUCUUUUACCAAUUGUAGCAAUCUGGAAGCACUUCAAAUACAACAAAAUAACUUUGGAGGGGAUUUGCCUAAUUCCUUAGGAAACCUCUCAGCUAAACUUGAAAUGCUAUACCUUUAUGAUAAUGGGGUUUCAGGAAACAUUCCAUCUGGUAUUGGAAAUCUCGUAAACUUAAGAGUACUAGAAAUAGAUGGCAAUCGGCUCACUGGGACUAUUCCUACAACUAUUGGUAAACUUAAUAGCUUGGUGAAGUUAUAUUUGGGGGGUAAUGAAUUAUCUGGGGAGAUCCCUUCCUCAUUUGGAAAUCUCACGUUGUUGAACGAGCUUCGAUUAGAAGAGAACAAUCUACAAGGAAACAUUCCAUCAAGUCUAGAAAACUGCCAAAACUUACAAGUGCUAAACCUCUUUAGUAAUUCCCUGAAUGGUACCAUUCCUCCAAAUGUAAUUGGGCUGCCCUCUUUAUCAAUGUCCGUGGGACUCUCAAAUAAUAGUCUCACUGGACCUUUACCAUCGAAAGUUGGUAACCUGAAAAAUCUUGCUCUGUUGGACGUUUCUUACAAUCAGUUAACGGGUAAUAUUCCUAGCAGCCUUGGCGAGUGUAAAAGCUUAAUAUGGCUUUAUAUGGGACAUAAUAUGUUUGAAGGAACCAUUGAAUCUCUGCAUUCUUUGAAAGCUAUUGAAGAAUUGGUUCUUUCACACAAUAACUUUUCAGGACAUAUACCCAAAGAUUUUGGCAAGUUUGUCUUUUUAUCAAAUUUAGAUCUUUCAUUUAAUCAUCUUGAGGGUGAAGUACCAAGUGGAGGUGUUUUCAGUAAUGCCAGUGCAAAUAUUUCACUUGCUGGUAAUGAUAAGCUUUGUGGUGGUAUUGCUGAGUUACACUUAACACCAUGCUUUAAGAAAUUGCCAAGGAAGCAACACUUGUCUUUCCGUGGAAAGCUGAUCAUCUCCAUCGUCUGUGGCCUUUUUGGAAUCAGUUUAAUGUCAUGUUUUCUGGUCAUUCGUUGCUUUAGGAAGAAUACGAAGCAACAAUCUUCAGAAUCUUUGUGGAGGGAUGUUCCAUAUCUGAAUAUUUCUUAUGGGGAACUUCUGAAAGCAACUAACGGGUUUUGUCAAGAAAGCAUGAUUGGCGCUGGUAGCUUUGGCUCUGUAUAUAAAGGGAUUCUUGAACUGCAUCAACUGCCCAUCGCAGUGAAGGUCUUCAACCUUGAAAGGAGAGGAGCUUCCAAGAGUUUUAUGGCCGAAUGUGAAACUCUAAGGAAUAUUAGACACCGAAAUCUUGUGAAAAUCAUUACUGCUUGCUCAAGUGUUGAUUUUCAAGGUAAUGAUUUCAAAGCCCUCAUCUAUGAGUUCAUGCCAAAUGGAAGUUUGGAAGAUUGGUUGCAUCCACGUCCACAAACCGGAGAAAAUCAGAGGAAAAGGUUAGCUCUGGCCUUGCGACAGAAUAUGGUCAUUGAUGUGGCAUCAGCAUUGGAUUAUCUUCAUAAUCACAGUGAACCGCCAAUUAUUCAUUGUGACCUAAAGCCAAGCAACAUUCUGCUUGAUCAAGACAUGACCACACACGUGAGCGAUUUUGGCUUGUCAAGGAUUAUUGCAGAAGAUAAUGUUGAAAUAUCCCAGAAUCACACAAGCUCUCUGGGAAUAAGAGGAACAAUUGGAUAUGCAGCCCCAGAAUAUGGCAUGGGAAGCAAAGUGUCAACCCAAGGAGAUGUGUAUAGCUUUGGAAUCCUUUUGUUGGAAGUCUUCACUGGAAAAAGGCCCACAGACGAAAAUCUUGAAGGACUUAGCCUCCAUCAAUUUGCCAAAAUGACUUUGCAAGAAAGAGCGAUGGAGAUAGUUUAUCAGAGUUUCCUAAGAGAAGGAGAAGACGAAGCAUCACACAGAGAUAAAAUGAUGCAAACAAGAAGCGGCAGGGUACACGAAUGCUUAAUUUCCAUAUUGACGAUUGGUUUGAAGUGUUCAGAGGAAUUACCAGGAAACAGGAUGAAGAUUAAUGAUGCCCUCAAGGAUUUGCACAAACUUGCUUUUUAA